UGUUUUUAAAUUAAUGAGUAAGUAUGUCAAUCGAAAACUUUAAUUCCAUGGCUAUAAACUAUAUAUGAACUAUCAUUUACACUCUGUAGCUGUAAAGUGAAAAAUGAGUUAUUUACGGGAAGAUUCCGAAGAAAUAAAUAAUAAUACAUCGCCCUCAAAAAUUUAGAGACGCCUGGCUUCAACAUGAAGAUUAUAAGCAAUGGCUUAGUAAGGCGGCUGACGAUCCGUACAAAGCUAAGUGUCACAAGUGCAAUAUUAUAGUAAAAGCAGAGUUGACUGUCAUUAAAAACCACAUGGUCUCCAAAGUUCACGCAAGUCGUAGUAAGUUGUUAGAAGCUCAGCCGGCCAUUUCCAAAUUUGUGAAAAAAAAUGAUGAAGGCUGCACAAAAUCUAAGCAGUUCAAGCUCUCGAAGUGAAGUUGUGUGGUUUCGUGGCUGAACAUAAUAUCUCAUUGGCAACAUUGACUCACCUGACAACACUUUUAAAAAGCGCUGUGCCUUAUUCCGAUAUCAUCAAACAUAUGCAAUUAAAAUCAACGAAAGGAACAGCAAUAAUAAAAAUUGUAAUCGCCAAAGCUGAAAAAGAACAGCUACAAAAUAAAUUACAGACCAGUCUGUUUAGUGUUUAAUAGAUGAAUCUACUGAUAUUGGGAGCAUUCAAACGAUGUGCGUCAUUGUAAGAUUUUUCGAUGCUGAAGAAGGAGAAGUGGUGAGCAAAUUUUGGGAUCUUUGUCAAGUUUUUGAACCUAGUUCAGAUGUUGAGAGUGCUACGGCGAGGCAUUUAUUUGAACUACUAACAAAAUCCUUCGAAGAAUAUGAGAUUGCAUUUAAGAACAUCAUUGGAUUCGCGUCUGAUGGAGCCAGUACAAUGAUGGGAAAAAGUAAUUCUGUAGCUUCAAGGUUCAUUGAACAGUGCCCUGGCAUUUACAUAUUCAAGUGUCUAUGCCAUUCUUUACAU